UUUCAAAUUUGAAAAAGGCAAAGUUUAGAAGAAGAACGGGUUCCCUAGAGUUGAGCUUUCCCUCGCUCUUCAUGGCGGACAAGUAGAAGGCAGUAGCCCGCCGGAAAUCUUCCCCUCGCCGCCGGCGCCAUGCUCCGCCUCCGAAGCUUCGCCGCCGUAACCCAUUUCCUCUCUUCUUCUCCCUACGCCUCCCUCGGCUCCUCUCUCCACCGCCUCCUCUCCGCGGCCGCCUUUUCCGCAAACCCUAGGUUCGCCGUGGAGGACUACCUGGUGGAGACCUGCGGCCUGACCCUAGCCCAGGUGCUCAAGGCCUCCGCCAAGCUCUCUCACCUCAAGUCCCCCACCAACCCCGACGCCGUCGUCGCCUUCCUCUCCGGCGGCCUCGGCCUCUCCAGCGCCGACAUCGCCGCCGUCGUCGCCAAGGACCCCAAGUUCCUCUGCGCCAGCGUGAAGAAAACCCUGGCGCCCGUCGCCGCCGGGCUCACGGACCUCGGCCUGUCGCGUGCCGAGGUCGCCACCAUCGCCUCGUCGGCCCCCUGCUACUUCCGCACCAGAUCCAACGUCGCCAAUCUGAAGAACUACUACCUGCCCUUGCUCGGCUCCUCCGAGAACCUCCUCCUGGCUCUCAAGAAGAACUCCAGGUUUUUCUCUUCGGACCUCGAGAGGGUGGUCAAGCCCACUGUCGCGUUCCUGCGGGAGCACGGCUUCUCGGAUCGCGAAAUCGUCAAGGCGUUGGUAUCCAGAUCGAGGAUGUUCGCCGCCAAACCGGAGCGCUUCCGUGCGAUGGCGGCAUGGGUCGAUCAAGGCCUAGGCGUGCCCUGUGGCUCUGGGAUGUUCAAGCACAUUCUGCUCGCCGCCGCAAGGCUCGGCGUGGAGAAGGCCGUCGCCAAAAUGGAGCAUUUGAAGGACACGCUCAGGUGGUCGGAUACUGAGGCGAGCCUUGCUGUUUGUAAGGCUCCGUUGGUGCUGUGGAUUUCCAAGGACUUACUGCAGCGCAAGUCAGAGUUCCUGAUCUUGGAGGUGGGCCUUGAACCGGCGUACAUCGCUCGUAGACCCGUACUGCUGAGUUAUAGCUUGGAGGGCCGGCUAAGGCCCCGGUACUACGUUGUGAAGUUUCUCGAGGAAAAUGGAUUGCUAGAUCGCGGCAGGGACUACUAUAGUAAAGUCAUGAUCAGCGAGAAGGUAUUCAUGGAGAAGUUCAUAUGCCCUCACAAGGUAGCUGCACCGCACAUCGCUGAAGACUAUGCAGCUGCUCGCAGAGGGGAAGUGCCUGCUAGAUUCAGAUAGACUUCAACCAAGGACAGGAAUGCAAAUUGGUAACUGCAAAUUGUCAUUCAGUAGCGAAGAAACCAUCGCCUGCAAUCUCUGAAAACGAGAAGUCCAUGGAUACAUUUGUGUUUCCGGCUUCCGUUUAAGGUCAUGGAAAUUGCAUGUGUGGGUGGACCAUUUCCUUGCCCUUAUUCUUUUUAAGUUUGAUUAUCUUUGUUCCUACAUCCUGUAGAUGACCUUACAUCUGCCUUGAAUUUUUUGAAAUAUGAAAAGGUACCUAUCUGGGACUGAAGCAUGAUCAACAAA